AGGUGGUACAACAUGGCGGCGCUCGGCACGCAGCUUCCGUGACCUGUAGCCGAGCCUCUUGUGUUUGUAGCUGAGUUUGGUUGGGCGCGGGCACCGCCUUGGGGCAGCAGCCGGAGAGGGAGCCAUGGGGACAGUGCACGCCCGGAGUCUGGAGCCCCUCCCGUCGAGUGGAACUGACUUUGGAGCACUGGGGGAGGAAGCCGAGUUUGUGGAAGUUGAGCCGGAAGCGAAACAGGAAAUCCUGGAAAACAAAGAUGUGGUGGUUCAGCAUGUUCAUUUUGAUGGACUUGGGCGGACUAAGGAUGACAUCAUCAUUUGUGAAAUCGGAGAGGUCUUUAAGGCUAAAAACCUCAUUGAGGUAAUGCGGCGAUCUCAUGAAGCCCGGGAAAAACUGCUUCGCCUAGGAAUUUUUAGACAAGUGGAUGUUUUGAUCGAUACAUGUCAUGGUGAAGAUGCCCUGCCCAAUGGGUUAGAUGUCACCUUUGAAGUGACAGAGCUGAGGAGACUGACGGGCAGUUACAACACCAUGGUUGGAAACAACGAAGGCAGUAUGGUACUCGGCCUCAAACUCCCCAACCUUCUGGGACGAGCAGAAAAAGUCACUUUCCAGUUUUCUUAUGGAACCAAAGAAACUUCCUACGGCCUGUCCUUCUUCAAGCCACAGCCUGGAAACUUCGAGAGAAAUUUCUCCGUAAACUUAUAUAAAGUUACUGGGCAGUUCCCGUGGAGCUCACUUCGGGAGACAGACAGAGGAGUGUCUGCAGAGUACAGUUUUCCCCUGUGGAAGACCAGUCACACUGUCAAGUGGGAGGGUGUGUGGCGGGAGCUGGGCUGCCUCUCGAGGACUGCGUCGUUCGCUGUGCGGAAGGAAAGUGGACACUCACUGAAGUCGUCUCUCUCGCAUGCCAUGGUCAUCGACUCUCGAAAUUCAUCUAUCUUGCCAAGAAGAGGGGCCUUGUUCAAAGUCAACCAGGAGCUGGCAGGCUACACUGGAGGAGAUGUGAGCUUCAUCAAGGAAGACUUUGAGCUUCAGCUGAAUAAGCCGCUCGCCUUGGACUCGGUAUUCUCCACGUCUCUCUGGGGUGGAAUGCUGGUGCCCAUCGGUGACAAGCCAUCCAGCAUUGCUGACAGGUUUUACCUGGGAGGCCCCACGAGUGUCCGAGGAUUUAGCAUGCACAGCAUUGGACCCCAGAGUGAAGGAGAUUACCUGGGCGGCGAGGCCUACUGGGCUGGGGGCCUGCACCUCUACACCCCACUGCCCUUCCGGCCAGGCCAGGGUGGCUUCGGAGAGCUUUUCAGAACUCACUUUUUCCUCAAUGCGGGCAACCUGUGCAACCUCAACUAUGGUGAGGGCCCCAAAGCCCAUAUCCGGAAGCUAGCUGAGUGCAUCCGCUGGUCCUAUGGAGCAGGCGUCGUCCUCCGACUUGGCAACAUCGCUCGGCUGGAGCUGAACUACUGCAUUCCUAUGGGCGUGCAGGGGGGCGACAGGAUUUGUGAUGGUGUCCAGUUUGGAGCUGGGAUUCGGUUCCUGUAACUUGAGUCCCAGGGGCAGCUUGGAUGAGAAACAGGCAUCUCCCAGGCUCCAAGCCUAUUUGGAGGUGACACGGUUGAGUGCUUCUGGGCCGGAAUCCUUAUGGGAAAUCACGUCAAUAAAUUUUAAACGCUCAGCGGUGUCCUGGAUGUGGUCUGUUUUUCAGGCCAUGCGUCUUUAUGGACACAUGCUUUUCCUGAGGACAUGUGACAGUCUGACCUGUGCUGUCCUGGGCCUAAGGGCUUUCAGGUGACUUCUCAGAGCCUUUUCCUUGUAGACUCCUAGAGUCUACUGUUGGGACCCCACUUACCAGAAGUAGGGCUGAGCUGUGGGGUGGCCCUGAAGGACACUGACCUUGUCAUGUCACAGGUUACCACCUCAGUGCAGCAGGACCUGCCAGUGCUGGUAUGAUGCUAGGAUUCCGAGGCAGACGGGAAGUGCGCUGUCUGCUGAUAGCCAUGGCUGCUCCUGCCUGUCAUGCUUGUGACUCAGGCUGCACAGCUAUCGUCUUACAGGAACCUGCGAUGUCCAGUGGGCCAUAGGCUCAGGUGCUGCUGGGCAAGACUGACUGCUAAAGACCUCUGUGCUCUCUCUUCGGAGCUGGCAGGCCAGACUUCUGCCUCUGCUCUUUUAAGGACAGUCUUGUAACAUGAGGUCCCAGAUGGACCCGAUAGCUGCAUUUCAAGGCUAGCUGGUGAGCACACCCAGCUCUGCCUGCGCCCUGCUCCUUUCUUGCUCCAGCUGUGUGGUUGUGAUUCCUCGGUCUUUAAAGGGGGGUCUGUUGGAAGCCACUCCUGUCCCCUGCUUGGAUGCUGGUAUCCGCAGAUACGCAGGGCUGUCAGAUACCAUGUUUCAGGAUUGCUUUGCAGGCAGGAGGCAAAGGUCUUACCCAGGCUGGCCUUGAACUCUCAGGGGUCCUCAGCUCCUCAUGUGCUGGGGUCACCCGUGUGCACACCACAUCAGAGUGAUGCCGGGCAUGUGCACACGGCUGCCUCAGGCCUGUGUUACCUCCAGCUUACAGUGUGGAGGCUUGGGCCAGAGGGGCGGUUCAUAUCUGUGAUCCCAACACUAAGGAACCUGAAGCAGGAGGAUUACCUUGAGUUCAAGUACAACUUGAGCUAUGGAAGACUCCAUCUCAGAAAACUUACUAAAGAUGUUGUACUGAAUUGUCUCAGGAUAAAGUUAAGUCUGGAUGUGUUUAGGAUAGACACAGUUGUUGUGGGUUUUACUUUGUAGCCAAGGGUGACCUUGAUCCAAUCCUCCUGCCUUCCCCUCCCAAGUGCUGGCAUUCCAGGCAUGUACCACCAUGUUGGAUUUACACAAUGCUGGGGAUGGAGCCCAGAGCUCCGUGCCUGAUGGGUGAGCACUCAACAACUGAGGCACAUCCCUAGCCACUCCUGAGUGCUGUCCCUCUGCCAGGCUGAGAGCUGGGAGGUGGCGCCUAAGGGGAUGUUAGCUAGCCAGCAUUGGGACAUGGGAGUCUGUCUAUUCUGAUGGAGGUCUCUGUAAGUGGUACUUAGGGGAUAAUUUUCUGUUUACUAUAAGAUUUAUUUAUUUAUGUAUAUGGGUAUUUUUGCCUUGUGUAUAUAUGUAUACCACAUGGGUACCCUGUGCCUGUGGAGGUCAGAAAGAGGGUAUUGGAUUCCCCAGAAUUGGAGUUAAAAAUUGUUGUGGGCCACCCUGUGGAUGCUGGGACGUGAACCCAGGUCCUCUGCCAAAGCAGCCAGUGUGCUUAACUACUGAAGCCCCUUGGGGGAUAUUCUUAGCUUUAAAAAACUGACAUAAGCUGGGCAGUGGAGGUGAUACUCAAGAGACAGAGCCCAGCCUGGUCUACAGAGCCAGUUCCAGGACAGCCAGGGCUACACACAGAAACAGAACAAACAAACAAAAAAUAAUAAAUGUAUUUUAGAGUUAA